ACGAGGCGAAUUUCUGCUGCUCUUUGCUUCUGUUCCUGCUUCUGUGGCUUUUUUCUUCUGCCUGGAUGGGAGAGAAUAAGAAAUAUACAUAGAAAAGGGGGUGUAUCGGUGUCUGCUUCGCUCUGCCAAAUUUGCAGUAAUCGACUACGGUCAUUGGAAGAACACACGAAUGUGCGCGCAUACUGUUCUAUUUGGCAUCGGCUGACCUCUGUUUUAUCUGACCGGAAACAAAAGACAUGGCUGUAGCUUCCCUAAUUUGCUCUGAAACCAUAAGCAGGGUGAGCUCUGUUCUCAACCGAGAGGUGAAGCAAUUUGGAAAGAAGUACAUGUUUGACAGAAAUGAGGAAACUAGUUGGAACUCAGACCAGGGUGCCAUCCAGUGGCUGACAAUGGAAUUUCCUCAGACUGUCCAGGCAUCUCAAAUUCAGAUUCAGUUCCAGGGGGGCUUUGCAAGCCGAAAAUUCAUUCUGCAAGGUGGCCGGAAAGGAGCUGCUCUCUCGACUGUUGCUGAAUUCUACCCUGAAGAUAACAAUUCUCUCCAGAGCUUCCCGUUCAAAGCAGAACCGCUGGAUAAACUGAAAAUAACUUUUCAAAACAGCUCGGAUUUCUUUGGACGAAUUAUCGUCUACCACCUUGACAUCCUUGGGCAGAAACUUUGAUAGAGAAGGAGAAAAAGCUGAAGGACUUGUGAAGCCGGUAGACUGGCCUGCCCUCUGUCAGAAAUGGUGUAGAGUCUCCUGCUUGGGCGGAGGGUUGGACUAGAUGACCUGCAAGGUCCCUUCCAACUCUUGAUUAUCUGUUAAAUUUGUGUAGAAAAGAGGGACCUGGGGGGGGACAUGUUAGCAAUGUUCCAGUAUCUCAGGGGCUGCCACAAAGAAGAGAGGGCGAACCUAUUUUCCAAAGCACCUGAAAGCAGGACAGGAAGCAAUGAUGGAAACUACUCAAGGAGAGAAGCAACCUGCAACUAGGGAAUUUCCUGACCGUGAGAACAAUCAACCAGUGAAACUGCUUGCCUUCCGAAGUUGUGGGUGCUCCAUCACUGGAGGUCUUUAAGAAGAGAACAAUUAAAAAGGGCUUAGCAACUGAAAUUCUGGUCCCCGUUGUUGCAAUUCGAAGGCCACCUGUGCAUGGCAAGCCUAAAUCAGAUGCAUUCAUGGAGAUGAGAAAGACCAGGAGUAAAAUGUUAAAAACCAGAUUCGAAGCAGCCGAUUUGAAAAUGAAAAUCACUGAACAAGCCUGUUACAUAUAUAUAUAUAUAUAUAUAAAUAUUUAUUUCUGUUAAACAAAAAUAUUCUCUUCGGUCUUGUGAAAGUUUUUCAGUCAGCGUCUUUUGACCCAACCCUGAUUCACACCCAGCAAC